GGAAGUGAAGAAUACGAUAGGCUUCAACUGAGGAGAGAGAGAGAGAGAGAGCGCAAAGAACCCUAGGCCAGGAGAAGAAAAGAAGAAGAAGAAACAGAAGAGUCGUGUUUUGUCUGUCGGGCUGGCUCUCUGAAGGAAGAAAACUUCACUCAAAGCCUUUGUUUCAUCUUCACAUCAUCUAUCUAAAAGUUCUGUCUUUUUUCUACUCCAUCGUAAGAGAAGGGGAAAAAAAUGAUGGGAUUAACAAGUGGAAGUGGAGAUGGAAGAUCAGAGAUGUAUCCAUUUACAACAACGCAAUGGCAAGAACUGGAACAGCAAGCCCUAGUUUACAAGUACAUGGUCUCUGGUGUUCCUGUCCCUCCUGAACUCAUCUUCUCCAUCCGAAGAAGCUUACACUCUUCCUUUUCUUCUCCCCUUCUCCCUCACCAACCCUUUGGAUGGGGAUGUUUCCAGAUGGGUUUGGGGAGAAAACCAGACACAGAACCAGGAAGAUGCAGAAGAACAGACGGUAAGAAAUGGAGAUGCUCACGAGAAUCUCACCCAAACUCCAAGUACUGCGAGAAACACAUGCACAGAGGAAGAAACCGCACCAGAAAAUCUCUCGAAAACCCAGCACCAUUAACAUCUCUAACUUCUUCUUCUUCCUCAGUGGAUGGUUACAGUAUCAUCUCUGCUCAUCAGCCGAGUCCUAGGUUCAGCGGAAACAGUAGCAGAUCCUGUUUAAGCCAUUCUCUUAAUUACCAUUACCCGUCUUCUUGGAUUGAUUCUGGUUUGUCACUUCAGAACAGUAGCUCUCAUCAGUUGAAUGUCUUGGGCUCUGCUGGUGCUUGUUCACAGACCGACAAAGACUUCAGUUUCAGGUACUUACAUGGAACAAUGGAGGGAGUUGGUGAGAGGUCAUUCUUCCCAGAAGCUUCUAGAAGUUUCCAAGAUUCCCCGUAUCACCAACCGCUAACAAUGAUGAGCAGGCACUGUUUUGAGUUGGGAACAGACAUGUUCGACAAGACCACAGGAACUGUCCCAAAGGAGUCCAAACCACAUGAACAAGAUCAAGAUCAAGAUCAAGGUCAAGAACAAGAACACAAGAAGCCUCUCCAUCAUUUCUUCGGCGAGGACUGGCCCCCGACCACCAAGAACAGUUCAGAUUCUUGGCUUGAUCUCUCCUCCAACUCGAGGAUCGAUGACAAUGCAUGGUCCGACCCAAAUCUAAUCCGGAGAGAGACAUGAGAUUGGUCUUAUGGUAGGUAGCUAAAGAACAUCCAAUGAUGGAUCAUGCCACAGUUCAUCUGUUUCUGUGGGGACAUCCAGACAAUACACUGUUGCAGAAACCUAUAUGUAUGCAUCUCUGUAUGUGUGUGUGGGUCCACCAAGAAAAUGUACCUUGAUAGACAAAGGCUAGUUUAGUUUCUCUUGCAAUUAUAUACCCAUUAUGAA